ACUUCACUUAUGUUCCACACAAGAACACUAAAGACGCACAAGAACCAAACACGGUUUCUCUAUUAUUUUCUUGUCUUACUUAUGGCCGUCUUUAAGGCUUUCAUUGCUUCACUUCUCAUCUCUCUUCUCCUUCUCCAACUUGUUGCUGCUGAUCAACUGGUGACAAGUGCCAGCAAGCGCAAGGGAACUGCCCCCCCUGCGAAAAUUGACUGCGGCGGGGCUUGUGCGGCGAGGUGCCGAUUAUCAUCGAGGCCACACCUAUGCAAGAGGGCAUGCGGGACAUGUUGCGCACGCUGCAACUGUGUUCCACCGGGGACAGCCGGUAACCAAGAAAUGUGUCCUUGCUAUGCUAGCUUGACCACCCACGGUGGCCGACGCAAGUGCCCUUGAGUGUUAAUCGACAAUCGGAACGGAUCUUUCUCUUUUGAUGUUGUUAUGAAAUUAAUAAACGUAUGCAUGGUUUAGUUAAAAAAAAAAAAAGCACGACUCAUUUGACUUAAUCACUUGUUUUUUUUAGCGAUAUUAUAUGAUGUAUGAUUUCUUAUUUUGAGUUUGAAUAUAUAAAAAACAAAUAAUCGAGAUUUUCUUUAUUUUCA